AUGCCCUCCGUCGAGGGCGCCCCAGUCUCACGAGCUGGCAUCGCCACAUCUGCCACGGGUGAGCGUCACAUUCCCUCCUCCGUGCGCGCUGAUGGCUCCGUCCGCAAGGAAAUCCGCGUGCGCCCGGGCUACCGUCCACCAGAGGACGUCGAGCUCUACAAAAACAGGACCGCUGAAGGCUUCAGGAACCGAGGCAAAGCUGGUGUCCCAGGCGCCGAGCCCCUGAAGAAAGAGGAUGACCCCGCCAAGAGCAGCAACACAGCCAACAAGAACGCGAAGCGCAGGGAAGCAAGGAAAAAGGCUGCUGCUGAGAAAGAGGACGAGAAGCCCGCCGAGCCCGCCGAGCCCGGAAAAGCAGCUGGGCCCGCUGAGCCCGCUGAGCCCGCUGAGCCCGCUGAGCCCGCGAAGCCCGUCGAUCCGGAGGCCGAGAAGGAGAAGGAGGCAAAAAAGCUUGUCAAGAAGCUGCGGCAGGCCCGAGAACUGAAGGACAAGAAAGAAAAGGGCGAAGGGCUGCUGCCAGAGCAGUUCGAGAAGGUCAUCAAGAUCAGCGAGCUCGUCCGACAGCUGGAGAAACUUGGUUUCGAUGCUCAGGGCGAGAAGAAGCCAGCUAAGACUUGA